UGUUUUGUGGUGAAAUUAUGGUGUUGAUAACAUAUUUUGCGUUUACGUAUUUAUUUGCUUACAAUAUCAAAUACGGAUUGCUAGCCAGCUGUAACAAUAACGAAAUUUUAUCUAAAUGUGCGAACAAGCUCUGUGGGUACACCAACUGUACACAGAUAGACGAACCUGUUGUAUGUGUGGAAUCGUCGACCGUGGUCUGUGAAAAAGGUUGUAUAUGUAAAGACAAGUACUUGAGAGCUGACAAUGGAACCUGUAUCCCAUAUACUCAAUGCCCAAAUUAUGGCAAGUGUACUAAAGAGAACGAGUACUAUGAUAUGUGUCCCUCUCCGUGCAUCAGCAGGGUCUGUGGUGUUAACAAACUGACUAGCAACUGUACUGACUCCUCCGAAGGCUCUUGCCUAGCGCCGGCGUGCAUUUGCACUGUUGGCUUCUAUAGAAAUUAUGAUGGGAACUGUGUAGUCGCAAGCUUGUGUGGAUCAAACGCUUCUUUGGCUACUACAACGUCUACUGAAACACAAUCUUCAGAAGCAACAACAACCAUGUCCACUUCAACAUCCAGCACUUUGUCAAGCACACUUAGUGUUGCCACCUGUACUUUACUAUAA